UAGCGGUAAUGGUGGUUCCGUUUAGGAAGGGUCUGAUUUCGGUCUCAUGCGAUCUGGUUGGGAUUCUCGAUUUGAUUUGCUAGAUAUUAUUGGUUUGUGCCAGCUUUGGAAAGGAAUUAUUGGGUUUGUUUCUUCUGGUCAUUUGGUGUUGCGGUGGGAUCCGGUUAUAGAUUCUGUGUAUCGAGUGGCUUUGAAUGGUUGGUAUUUGGUUAAUUCAGAGACUUCAUGCUAUCUUGAGGUGAAUUUGGGGAUACGAUUAGAGAGGGUGUGGAUGCAAAUGGGGAUAAGGCUUCAUAGCAUUUAUUGGUUGAGAUUUGGAAAUACGGAUUUGAGAUCUAUUUUUGGGGUAAGGAGGAUCCCCUUUACGGGGUGUGAUUUUGUUUCUGACAUUUUUGGAAAAGGUUUGGAUUUAUUGGGAGAUAUCGAAAAGGAUUUGGGGUGGAUUUCUCUUUCAGGAUUGGGGAUGCUCGCGUGGAAUUUGGAUUCAAUCGAAAUCAGAUCAUCUCUGAUUGAUCUUUGUUUCCUAUUUUGGCUUCUUCUCUGUUGUCGACUUGAUUAUAAGAGCGGUCUUAUGGGGAAGGGCUUGGCUGGUUUGUCAGAGGAUGCUUCAAGGUCCCGACGGAAGAUCAAGAUUUCGUUCUUUGAUAAUUCUGCUCUUAUUGCGGGUUAUUCUAAGACGGUCAUUGGGCGGUGCUUCAACCCCCAAGUCCAGGAUAUGAAGUCUUUGCUGAUCAUGAUGCCGCAGAUUUGGCAAGUGGAGGGCAGAGUUGCGGGUGCGGAGUUGGGUUCCGGGAAGUUCCAGUUUGAUUUUGACGAGGAAGCUGAUAUUGUGGAGGUUAUGAAGAAGGAGCCUUUUCACUUUGAUUCCUGGAUGGUGUCUUUGGUUCGGUGGACUCCAGUUGUGGACCCGGCAUAUCCAUCGUCCUUAAAAUUCUGGAUUCGUGUAUCGGAUGUGCCGAUACAGUUCUGGGCGGAACCCACUUUCAGAGACAUUGGUUCGGCCUUGGGGUUGGUGGAGGAUGUCGAUAUUGACAGAGGGAGAGUCCAGGUUACUAUCGAUGGUCUUAAACCUCUGUGCUUUGAGACGGAUAUCGAGUUUUAUAAUGGGGAGGUGACGAUCGUCAAGCUUCAUUACGAGCGUCUGUAUGGUUGGUGUAAUACCCCGAAUUCCGACUAUGGAUGGACUUGCAUGUUAGGUCAGGUAUUAUUUUUGCCUGCCUUUAGAAAAUUAGUGGAGAAUAUUGCAGGUCGUAUAUGGUCAAGUUUUAGACGAAUAAGUUCAGUCCGGGCAAGUUACUGGUAUCGGCAGUUCAUCAGGUCAUGCUUUCGGACGCGUCCAGUGACUACAGUAUUUUGCUUAGGCAAGCGUGAGUAGGAUAGUGAGAAUAGGGAUUUAGAGUUGGGUAAGUUGUAAGGAAGGAAGCGUGUACUCAGCGUCCUGGGAGUUCGCGGUACGGAACGCACCGCGGGCGAGAAAAAUGACAUGGCCGAGGAAUGGCCAUGAGCAGCUUGUGCUGCUAUCAUUUUUCAUGGAUGGGAAUGAGCCACCCAGCUGCUUGAGUAACCGUCCUUUAUAUGUGGCUAAGAGUCAGCCACCUUAAUGCUUAUCCUUACCCAUGACACAUGUUCUCAUCUAAGACCCAUUCUUAUCCCAAAACCCAUCCUUAUCCUUAUCCAACCUUAGCUUACCCCUUAAGUCUCCUACCUUUUAUAUAGCCCCUAGAUUUCGACCAUAGACCUUAAGUUCUUUAUUUCUGAACCACCUAAACUCUGCUUAGAAAAUCGCUAGGAUUCUAGAAGAAGCUUUCGAGAAGUUUCAAGACCGUUCAGCCAAGUUUUGUGAGUUUUCCGGUCGUGUGGAGUAGCACAUGAUUAGGAGUUUAUUUAUUUGUUAUAAUUUUUGCAUGAGGUUAUUGUUUUAUGCUUAGUAGAAUUCAUGCAUAAAUUUUGGUAAGCUUGUUAUGCGUUUUAACGCAUGAACGGCUAAAGAUUUGUUUGGAUCUGGCAUUUUGCUUGGUUUAUUUUUGGAUCAGAUCUUUAGAUCUGGUUGAAGUAUUUGUUGGUAUAAUUGUUAUGCUGUUCGCAUAGCUCUUAUACUGAUCCAUGAUUUUUUAUUGGUUGUUAAUUCUUGAUUGUUAUUUGUUGUGUGUGAUAUUGUUUGUUGAUCUUGCUUUGGCUUGAUCGAUUUAUGUGUUAGUAGCUUGUUAGUAAGAUGUUACGAGUACCUUCUUUUACUCGUAAUAUCGUUAAGUUUAGUUAGUCGUGGUUCUUUGAUUGUCCCGACAGCUUGGAGUGAAUCGCAACCGCCGAGCGCUACCUGAUGAGGUAGUAAGCUAUUACCGUAAGGGAAGUAGGUCCCUUAUACAUGGUCCAGGAGGAAGGGAUGUGAUCCUUUUAGUCUCUGUGACUAAGGAUCAGGGAAACAUUGACUUGCAGGAGAUCAAAAUCGCUAGAAGGCCUUGGAGAAGAAGAAGUUAUAACAUGCUAUUUAUUGAUUGAUUUGUUUUCCGCUGCGUGUAGCUUUGAUGUUAUUUUGUUGCAUUAUUGCUUGAUUGCUUGGGAUUGGGGGUUGGGCUGGGAUUAUUAACUGUUAGAGAACCCGGACUCACUGGGUAAUCUUAGAUUAGGAAAAGCCAGUGUAGGUUUCUUGUCUUUUUGUAAAAUAUGUUGCUUUGAAUAAGGCUUGUAAUCUCUUUUGGACGUUAGCUCCCGACCGAACACCUUUUGUUAGGAUGUUUAACGUUGUAUUUUUACUCGAACAAUCUUUGUGAAAUAAAGUAUGUUUUAUAUUCGA